GGAAACUAUUUCACCGCCUCUGGAAGGAGAAAAUACUGGGAGACCCAUUUCGGGUUUCUGUUGAUUCAACGCAGCCGCCAUUUUGUUGACAUUUUUUUUAAUAACCUUACACGGCUCUGCAUCUGCUGUUUAAUACAACGGGAAUAUAACUGCAAUUUUAAAAGAAAUUGCUAUUCAGAGUCGACAUUAUUGUGCUUUUGCGUUUGAAACCGAAUGCGGACAUUUUAUUUUUAUUUUUUUGCAAUAGCUUCAGUGUAGCUAUUGCAUCGUUAGCCGUCGUAGCUGAGAUGUAGUAACACGAGUGCCUACGAGAAUGUGACGGAGAUGCAAGAUUAUGGACAUCACUUAUCCCCGAGUUGUGACAUUUACUUUCAGUUACCGCAAAUCGUCUUAAAGCUGUAGGCGUUUGCUAACAAUUACAAGCCUAUUUGGAGGCAGUUGGAAGCUAAAUGAUCAUAAUAAAAUGUGGCCACCACGUUGAUGCAUGCAAGAAGACAGGACGCGGGGCCAAAUGACGUGAACGUUUCUGGACACAUUUUCAAAGUUAAAGGACAGAGAAAGUGGGCUGGACAGCCAAGACGGGAGACAAGCCAGUUUAAAAAAGGAGAGCUACCCUCUCCCCUUCUUUACUCCUACCCCAUUCCCAGAACUCUACCUGGUAUACCCAAUAAGCAUCCACACCCCUGAAAGUUCUGAUGGAUCAGAAGGUUCAGGGGCAAACUGCAACACCUCCUCCUCUCCCUCUCUCCGCUGGUGUCACAGUGGAGCGAGAGAAGGAAGGAGGGGAUGAAAAGAAAGAAGAGGAGGAAGGAAAGAAGCAGGAGAGAGAGAAAGAGGGAUCUGCUGCUGGUGCUCCUGGUCCAGGUGGGCAAGGAGACCCAGGCGGCGACCAGUCCCAUUUCUCCAUCACAGAAAGCAGCCUUUCCGAGGGUAAUGUCAAGCUAAAGAUCGGCCUGCAGGCAAAACGUAUGAAGAAACCCCCGAAGAGCUUGGAGAAUUAUGUAUGCCGACCAGCCUUCAGGGGUACCGUGAGGCACACAAGUCGUGGGGGAAAUGGUGCACGGGGAAACCGGGCUGUGACCGCGGGAGAUGGAACGAGUGGUCAGAGCCAGAGCCCUUCAAAGAGCCAGGGGAAGGAGAGAGAAAAGAGUCCAAGUGUGAAAAAAACACCUGCUACAUCAUCAUCAUUAGUCCCCUCUGCUAAAGCUAUUACACCUUCUUCCUCUCCUGCUGCUCCUCCUUGCAUCACCAAAACCCUAUCACCCUCCCAAAUAAAUGGGAGUGCUCCAGCUAAGAAGGGUCCACCAAAGACAGACUGCAAGUCAGAUUCAAAGUCGGACACAAAAUCAGUCACUAACACGUCUGAAAGACCCCUUAACCUCCACCGACCGCCACCGGACAACAAGACGCAUUCAUCUGGGAAGAAAACGCCAACUCCGCAAACCCCCUCACGGACAUCUUCGCCUUCUUCACCACCUACCGCAUCAAAAGAGCCGAACUUUGAAGGUGUCAAACCUCCUUAUUACACUUACAGCACUGAAGGUCAGAAAGACAAGGACAAGGGUGUUCAGAGUUGUGGACCGCCCACUGUCACUGAGAAACUAGCCCAGCUUAUAGCAACCUGCCCACCAUCAAAGACUCCUAAGCCAACAAAACCCAUGAAAACUGAUUCAAAUCCUCCUCUUCCAAGCUCAGGCUUCAUGGCUCCCACAGCCAAGCAACGAGACAGGGCAAUGGCCAACAGGAACACAUAUUCAAGACUGAUGCACCUUUCCCCACCACCCCCUGUAUCAAGACCUCCUGGUCGCCCUUAUGGCUCUAGGAACAGAGAUGGCGUCUCAGAGAAUUCCCCCACCCGGUCACAGCUGGGGAAGGAGGACUCAGACGGGGCAGGAAAAGCGUUAGUAAGCAGCAUCAGUAACAGCAUUAGCAGAAGUAACAGCAGAAGUCGCAGCAGCAGCCCUGCGUUCACUCAUAACCGCCCAAUAGUAGCGUCCAAGGAUGGCAACUACGACCGCGGCAACAGUCCCAGUGGUCUGUCCAAGUCACAGUCACGUGGCCCUCACAGCUUGCCAUCCUCGCCAUCUUGUCCUGUUUCUUCAACCUCCUCUUCCAUCGCAGCUGAACAGAAGACGGUGACUGCAGUGGGUCAUCUAGACCCCCCUGCUCCUUUUCAAGGACACCAUGCACAGGAGUCCCCGCCCCUGGCAGAGGAAAGUAGAGCAGGUGAGAGGGAGCUGGCGGGUGACAGCCCCAGGGACUUGAACAAGAGCACUCUUAUAGCAGCAACAGGAAAACCAGAUGGCAAAGAUAAGGCUGUAAGUAAUCAAUCGUUACACUUUGAGAGGGGGAGAAGCUCAAGUCCAAAAAAACGCAGUCCUAACAGGGACAGUAGCCAGACGAGGCGAAACACCAGUCCUCCUGAGCCUAUUAGGCAAAGGACGCCUUCUGCAUCUGAGCCAGAUGAUGAAGAAAGCCCACCAACCCCUCUUAGAGACGAUUCACCUGAUUCAUCCCUAGACUCACCUGAUGAGCAGGACAGUAAACCCCUAAAGAAACGCAGGGGAAGAAAACCCCGCUGGGUAAUGAACCAGCCACAUACCCAGCUGUCAGUUCAUGAUGGUCUCUUUGGUGAGAACAAAACCAGCAUGUCUCUAUCUUCAGGUUUAGAAACUCCAUCUCCACCAGUUAAGAGACCUGUAGGCAGGCCGCCAAACCCGAAUAAGGUCAAACUGAACCCUGUGCCACAAAGAUCAACAUCACAGCUGUUUCUGCCCCAACCUAAGAAAAGGGGACGGCCAAAGUCCAAAAUGCCAAGACUUGAUGCCCCAGCCACAGGGAAUUCCUCUUAUAAGCUGGCCUCUUCCAAAGUCUUUUCAUCUUUGCUUAAGUCCAAAGAAGAGCAGGAUCCACCUGUUCUUCACCCGGAGGUAGACCUAAACCCUCCUAAGCCUAUGCCUAGAAAACGUGGACGUCCCAAGCGCCUUCCUCCUACUUUACCCCAGGAGGGUCAGCCUCCCACAUUAGCUCCUGAGUCAGGAGACAUGGGAGACAGGCGGUUUUGCAGCAAAGGAAACGGGCAGCUCAUUAUGAAAACUAUUAUCGGAAAAAUCAAUAAGAUGAAAAGCGUGAAGAGGAAACGGAUUUUGAAUCAAAUUCUGUUAGGGCCAAGAACUGAAGAAACACCUAAACACAGCACUGUCCCUGUGGCUAACUCUACAGAAGCUACAACACAGUCUUUGUCCUCCCUGGCUGCUUCUUUUGGAGGGAAAUUAGGCCCUCAAAUUAAUGUUAGUAAAAAGGGAACAAUUUACAUGGGAAAGAGAAGAGGGCGAAAACCAAAAUCUGUAUCCAGCCACGCAGCCAACACACCGGAACCUUUCCUGUCUCCGAGCACCACUUCCCCUCUGCAUCAUCACUCUCAGUCCCAGCACCACCAGCUGUCCUCCUCAGAGGUGUUCCCCUCUCCCUCCCUCUCACAGUCUAGCGGAGGCCACAGCCCCAUCAGUGAUGCCAGCUUUGUGGAACCCAGCUCAGUGCACUUUUCCCACUAUUCCAGCUCCCUUCAUAACCACAGCACAUUCUCCUUCCCUCCCCCAACUUUUUCGGUCCCCAACAAAGUCCUGGGCUCAUCAUCCUCCUCAUUGGCUGCAGCAGCUUCCCAGAAAAAGUCUUGCCGGGGGUACCCUCAUCAUCAUCAUUACAGGCAACAGUUUCACUAUAAUAAGCUGUCUCCUCCUAGGCCACUCCACCCGACCUCCCCUGCUCCUCUUAGCGAGCUAAAAGAAGCCACUCCGUCACCAGUCAGUGAGUCACACAGUGAGGAGACUGUGCCCAGUGACAGCGGCAUAGGAACAGACAACAACAGCACAUCUGACCGCGGAGAGAAAGCUGGAGGGACAGCGGGCUUGGGCGGAAUCUCUUUGCCAGCUGCAAUGGGUGGUGGUUUAUUAAUGCCGGGUGUAAUGAGCUCAGCGAUGGCUUCAGGAAUGGGCCUCAACUCCAGAGGCAGACGAAGACACUCUGCUGUGCUUAUGGAGCAUCCUUCACCCUCUCCAUCACCACAUGGAACAAGGUCCUCACCCGAUCCUAAGAGACCCCACCCGGCAGCUCCCACCUCAUCAUUACUGGGACACAAGGAAAAACACAAGCACAAGUGCAAACGGCGCAGCCACGGAUGUCCCGGCUACGACAAGAUGAAGAGACAGAAGAGGAAACGAAAGAAGAAGUACUUGCAGCUGCGGUCUCGAAGGCUCGACCCUGACUUUCUAGCAGAGUUGGAUGAGAUCAUCGUGAUGCUGAGUGAGAUACGGAUAUCGCACCGCUCCACGGGGCACCGCCUCGGCAGUGGGAUCAGCAUGGCAACUGGAACCAGUCGGAUGCCUGGGCUGGGGAGUAGAGUUGGCAGUGGAAUCGGCGGCCCAAGCGGCCCCCCUCCUCAUCAUUAUGUUCACAGGGACCUCCUUCCCACCAUCUUCAGGGUUAACUUCGGCAGGUUUUACUCUCAUCCCGCAUACUCCUGCGACCCUUUGCACUAUGUUCGUAAACCAGACAUGAAAAAGAAACGUGGACGGCCUCCAAAGCUGAGGGAGUCCAUGUCUGAGGUCCCGUUUGUUCCGGGGCUUGGAUUCUCUCUCGCCAGUGGAGGUUUCUACCACCCUUCCUAUGGUGUCCCUUACUCCUCAGGACCCCUGGGGUUGGGCUAUUACAGGGGCUUUCCUCCAGCGAGCGCACUAUACCCACACCCGCAUCACCAGUCACCUCACACGGCCCCAUCACAUCACUCUCACCACUCACCAUCUUUUCCUCCCCCUCCUCCCACGUCUUACAUGCACCAUCACCACCCUUCACAUCUCCUCCUGAACCCCUCCAAGUUUCACAAGAAGAAACAUAAGCUGCUCAGACAGGAGUUCUUGGGUGGAGGGAGGCCCCCCGUUCUCUUCCCACCUAUGUCCUCCGAGCUGUCCUUCAACUGGCACCAUAAACACAAGCACAGGCACAAACACAGAGAGCGAUGCUCAGAGGAGGAGCGGGAGGAGGUUACAAGGAGUGGCUCAGCGAGCCGUGUUGGUGCAGGGAUUCCUGAAAAAGGAGCUGCUAGUAAAGGAGAGCGAGUUGGAGGUCUGGGAAUGACGGAGUCUUUACAAAGAUGCAGGUUUGGAAGAGAGCCUUCAGGCACCACUACAAGUAAGCAAGCUUCUGCCAACUCUCCCUCCUCGUCUUCAUCGUCAUCAGCAGAAAGGUACAAACGCAAAGAGGGCUCCAUGUCCUGUCUAGGACCUUCCAGGCUUACACUGGACAGCAGCUCCAAAGGCCAUCAUCCAGUGUCGUCCUGGUUCAGAAUGGGAGGCACCGAAGCAGACUAUUCUAAGCUUUCACGGAGCCAGAUGGCCUCUGGCCAGGGCUCGUUCUCAGAUGGACGGGCAGGGGAGCCUGUAGACUGCUCAGAUAGUGAGGACGAUGAGCCUCUCACUCCCACAGAGGAUGUGGAAGCUCACGAUUCUCCUAAUCUGACAAAUCUGUUCGCCUCGGCUCUGACAAGGACUUCGCUGAAGGGAGGAAGGAGCAGAAAGAGUGAGACGGUAACGGGAAACUCCAGCUUCUCUCACAUAGAUCGGCCAAUGAGGAAGGAGCGCUUGAUGUCAGCUGAAAGGAGAGAAUUAGGAUCACCAGUUUUCCAAUCAAGAGGUGUUGCUCUCUCAACCUCUGAUGGCUCUGAAGGAUCACUGCACCACCGUCAGCAGCACCAUCACCCAUCCUCUCUGUUUCACUCCCACAUUGCACCUGGUUCUUCCUGCCUUUCUCCCUCCCAGGACUUCUCUUUGAAUGUCUCUCUUUCCCGCCACCCUCAUCGGGUGCAGACAUCCAAGCACAGCCUGCAUCAUGUCAACAAAAUCCUGCGCGCCAAAAAACUGCAGAGACAGGCUCGGACGGGUAACAACGUGGUGAAGAAGAGGGGACCGGGGCGUCCUAGGAAAUACCCGCUGCCCUCCCCGCCUCCUUCCCCACCACAUGAAGUGGAGUUGGACCCAACGGUGCACAGGGACAGUGGGGAAGAGCGGCUAGCUGGGAGAAGAGGCUGGGAGGGGGAUACUGUUACAGACGCUAUUGAGUCUGUGGUCCAGGGUCAACGAAGAAAAGGUCAGAAGAGGCCACAUGUGGAGGAUGAGGGGGAUGAAGAAGAGGAGGAGCAGGUCAAUGAAGACCUGGAUGCUGGAGAGACAGAGGAGCUACUUCCUGAUGGAGAGGAGAACCAAACUAAUGUACCAUCUAAAUCUAGAACCGAGACAGGACGAAUCUGGCCCACUGAGGAGGAACACCAGCACACUCAGGGUUCCCUGGAAAGCAAACCUGAUGGUCAGUGCUCCCUAGAACCCCCAGGCACCGUCUCCAAGGAGCAGCCUGCACCCAUCAGCAGCCAGAGAGAGAAGAAAGCAGCCAGGCUUCCAAAGAAGAAGUUCCAGAAGGCAGGACUGUAUUCUGAUGUGUACAAGACAGAGGACCCUCGCAGUCAGCUUCUGCAGCUAAAAAAAGAGAGGCUGGAAUACAUACCUGGGGAGCAUGAAUAUGGAUUGUUUCCUGCUCCGAUACAUGUCGGGAAGUACCUGAGGCAGAAGAGGAUUGAUUUCCAGUUGCCUUAUGACAUCUUAUGGUUGUGGAAACAUGAUCAGCUUCACAAGAGACCCGAUGUCCCUCUUUACAAAAAGAUCAGAUCAAAUGUUUAUGUAGAUGUGAAGCCUCUCUAUGGGUAUGAAACGACUACCUGCAACUGCAGACCUCCUGACACUUCCACGGAAAGAGGGUGCCUGGAUGAUUGCUUGAACAGGAUGAGUUAUGCCGAGUGCUCCCCCAGUGCCUGUCCUUGUGGUGAUAAGUGCGACAACCAGCACAUCCAGAGACACGAGUGGGUCCAGUGUCUGGAGCGAUUCCGUGCUGAGGGAAAGGGUUGGGGGAUCCGCACAAAAGAGUCUCUCCGCGCUGGUCAAUUCAUCAUUGAAUACCUGGGGGAAGUGGUUAGCGAGCAAGAGUUCAGGAACCGAAUGAUGGAGCAGUACCACAACGGCCACUACUGUUUGAAUCUAGACAGCGGGAUGGUGAUUGACAGUUUCCAUAUGGGCAACGAGGCACGCUUCAUAAACCACAGCUGCGAGCCCAACUGUGAGAUGCAGAAGUGGUCAGUUAACGGGGUGUACAGAAUCGGCCUCUUUGCUCUCAAGGACAUCAGCAGCGGCACCGAGCUCACCUACGACUACAACUUCCAUUCCUUCAACACAGAGGAGCAGCAAGUGUGCAAGUGUGGCUCUGAGAGCUGCAGGGGCAUCAUUGGCGGCAAGAGUCAGCGCAUCAACGGCCUCCCUGGAAAAGCAGGAGGGACUCUGAGAUUGGGUCGACUCAAGGAGAAAAGGAAGUCCAAGCACCAGCUCAAGAAGAGAGAGGAGGAAUCAAGCGACAGCAACAAGUUUUAUCCACAUCUUAUGAAGCCCAUGUCUAACAGAGAAAGAAACUUUGUGGUGAAGCACAGAGUUUUUCUCCUGCGAAACUGGGAGAAGAUGAGGGAGAAACAGGAGCUGCAGAAGAGAGAGGGGGAAAGAGAGAGGGAUUCCAGCAAUCUAUCCAUGUAUGCUCGAUGGGGAGGAGUUAUCCGAGACGAUGGCAACAUCAAGUCAGAUGUCUUCCUGACCCAGUUCUCAGCCCUGCAAACGUCACGGUCGGUACGGACUAGGAGACUCGCUGCUGCUGAAGAAAACACAGAAGUUACUCGGACUGCCCGCCUGGCGCACAUCUUCAAGGAGAUCUGUGACAUGAUCACCAGCUACAAAGACUCAUCCGGACAAAUUCUUGCUGCUCCGUUGGUGAACCUCCCAUCUAGGAAGAGGAACAGCCAAUACUAUGAGAAGGUGUCCGACCCUCUGGACCUGAGCACCAUCGACAAGCAGAUCCUCACCGGCCAUUAUAAGACGGUGGAAGCUUUUGAUACGGACAUGCUCAAAGUGUUUCGCAAUGCUGAGAAAUAUUACGGCAGGAAGUCAUCGGUGGGCAGGGAUGUUUGCCGGCUGAGGAAAGCCUACUACAGCGCCCGGAACGAAGCCGCCGUCCAGAUUGACGAGAUCGUAGGGGAGACCGGCAGCGAGGCAGACAGCUCUGAGUCGCUGGAGCACGACCACCAUCAGCACGGAGGGUCAGGGUCACACGACAAGGACGACGACGUCAUCCGAUGCAUCUGUGGAAUGUACAAAGAUGAAGGAAUGAUGAUCCAAUGUGAAAAGUGCAUGGUGUGGCAACAUUGUGACUGUAUGCGUCUGGAGACCGAAGUGGAGCACUACCUGUGUGAGCAGUGUGACCCUCGGCCUGUGGACAGGGAGGUUCCCAUGAUACCCCAGCCCAGCUACGCACAGGCUGGCUCCAUCUACUACAUAUGUCUCCUUAGAGAUGACCUGCUGUUACACCAAGGGGACUGUGUGUACCUGAUGAGAGACAGCCGGCGCACGCCUGAAGGUCAGCCUGUUCGGCAGUCCUACCGUCUCCUUUCCCACAUCAACCGAGAGAAACUGGACAUCUUCCGUAUUGAGAAACUGUGGAAGAACGAAAAGGGUGAGCGCUUUGCCUUUGGUCAUCACUACUUCCGUCCUCAUGAAACGCAUCACUCGCCAUCACGACGUUUCUACCAGAACGAGUUGUUUCGCAUGCCGCUGUAUGAGAUCAUCCCCCUAGAUGCAGUGGUAGCAACAUGCUGCGUCCUUGAUCUCUACACUUACUGCAAAGGAAGGCCAAAAGGUGUGAAGGAGCAAGAUGUGUACAUCUGUGAUUAUCGCUUGGACAAAUCGGCACACCUGUUCUACAAGAUCCAUCGGAACCGUUACCCAGUCUGCACCAAGCCGUAUGCCUUCAACCACUUCCCCAAGCGGCUCACGCCCAAGAGAGACUUCUCGCCUCACUAUGUUCCUGAUAACUAUAAGAGGAACGGAGGCCGGUCUGCCUGGAAAAGUGAACGAUCCAAAGGCGCCACUGGCUGUGAGGAUGACGCCUCCUCUUGCGAUCGGGGAGAGGACUUCUCACAUGGGGUGGAGGAUAGAAGCUUGGUGGAGGAUGCCGUAGAAACGGCCCCAGAAGAUCCUGAACCUCUUUCAGCUAAACCGAGACAAAAGGAACAGGCAAGAGCAGGAGAUGAGGAGGAAAAUGAGGAGGAGGAGGAGGAGGAAGGGCUGGAGGCUGGGGUGCGGAAGGAGCUGGGGGAAAGUCCAGAAAACAGGUUAGGAGAGAUGCUUGAACUGCCUCUAUCCUCUGCCUCUUCGCCGCUCCACCACCCGGUGCUAAGCAGGAGGGAGGUCCAGAGGGAACGGCUGGACAAGAUCCUGCUGGAUCUGCUGCACAGAGCGCCCAGCAAGAACGCUAUUGAUGUCACCUAUCUUCUUGAGGAAGGGGCAAGACGUCGGUUACGGAGAAGGACGCUUGGAUUUGGAGAUUUUGUUUCCAGGAAAUAACAUUUCUGACAUGCCAGUUAUAAGCACUCUGCCUUUUGCUGCUGUGAAGAGAUGGACAGAAAAUGGAGAGACAGUAAAGAAGGGAAUCAAGCAUUGUUGCCUAACCUAUUUUUUACGGAUCACAAUGCAUCCAAGGGGAUUGCGUCUUCAAAGUUUACCUCUUCCAAGACAGUCAUCUCUGCUCUGAGAAGGUGGAAGGAGCUCCAGAAGUUCUUACUCAAAGGAAGUUCCACCUUGAAACAAAAACAAGUUCUCCCGGUCUUCUUAUUUAAGUGCAACAUGCAAAUUAUUAUUAUUUUUUAUUGAACAUAGGAGAAAUAACCCAUGCACUUAAAUGCAUCGAACAUUAGAAAAUCGUGGGUCGAUAAAUAUUGCUUGCAGGCAUUAGAAUAAAAUGGUUGGUACUAAACAGAGACGGACGGGGUAGGGAGGGUUUAUUUUCUUUAAUUUUCUCACACAUCAUGAAUUAUUGUUCUUCAUAUCGGGAUUUUGCUGCAGUGCUGACAUUAAAAGGAAGAGAGGAAACUGGCAUAUAGGAGAACAUGUAAAGCUGAGCAGUGUGCUCUGAUGCUGCGCUUUAGACAGAGAGAACAUUGGUGGAGAACUGCACUUUUGGUACCUUGGAUAUUGUGAAGCUCUGUGUAAUUUAUUCACAAUGAAAGUACACUAACACACUCACAGUAUUGGCUGCAGUCUGACAAAAGCAAGUUACAAAUCUAGAUCUUUUUCAUGCUUCUUUUUUUUUUCUUUCCUAAGUAUCUCAUCUAGAAACAGGAGGCCUGUAGCGUGGUUUCGGAUUAUGUUUGCGCUUAUGUCAAAGUGUUCUGUUAUUAUUUCUUACUUAGCUGUGAGGCAGUCAGCUUUGCCCCAUGUUUUUAAGAAGCAAAGCGAUUCACCAGCUUAAAUAAAUCAGGCAGGAGGAGGAGGAGGGAUGGCACCGGCUUUACCUGUAACGCCUUAUGCAGCCGCUGCCGUCUCUCACUGCCUUGCGUGCAAAUGUGUGUCUGCCAGAUUUUCUGAAUAUAUAUAUAUAUAUACACCUUUUUGUCUUGUUUUGUUUUUUUUUUCUAAAAAAAACUGUAAAAAACAAAAAAUAAGGGCUCGAUGGCAAUUAACCGUUGUAGGGGGGAAACAAUACUUAACAUGAAAUGUAUCUUGACAGUCAUAUUUUCUUAUAUUUGAGAAUUGCGGAGCAGUGUAUACUGUAUAUUUGGACUUGCGUCUCUUUCCUUAAGUUUUUCUUUGUCUUCGGACUGAUUGCCAUGGAGAAUGUAAAAAAAAAAAAAAAAAAAAAAAGCGAUAUUUGAUGAGAUUUCCUUUCUUUUCCCUGUGAUGUCCCGGUGUGAUAAACUGACAGAAGUGAUGAGAACCAGAGAGAACGUGGAACGUGAAGCUGUACAGUGCCAAGUUCUGUAAAUAUGCACACUUUACAUUAACAAGUGUCUCCAAAAGCAAUAUCUUGAAAAUGGAUUUUGUUUAUUAUUGUACUGUACAGAUCUCAGCCCUAAAUGUAUUAUUAUUAUUUCUUCGCUUUGUAUUACUAUAAUGAAGACACUUAAGCUCUGAGGAGAAAUGUUUUUCGUAAUUUCCAGAGAUUCUCACCAAUAGCAGUGCUGAUGACAUGAAAUUUGAGUUGUUUGCCUAUAAAUUAAGUCCACCUGUAAAGUGCAUGAGCAAGAAGAAUGUCAGAAGGCAUUGGGAUGUGACAGUGGCUCUGCAACGACACCUUUUCGUCACUGAAUUUUGUUAAUAAUAUAACUUUUUUAAGGAGGAAUCUGCUCCUUGUUUUUUUGCUGCAAAGUGUUGAACACUAAAAAAACAAACCAACAUAAAAAUGUUAAGAUAUUUUUAAAUGCUGACAGAAAACAAAAGUAAAGCUGUCAGAAAUGAUAUCAUGCUAUUAUAUAUAUAAAUAUAUAAAUAGAUAUAAAUAUAUUUUUUGUUUUUCUUUAAAAUAGGAAAACGGUUCCGUUUUGUGAUAGCAGUCAUUGUAUGAUGCUUGUACUUGUAUUUGUGUGUUUUGUGUGAUCCGUUUAGUUAUUUUUAGACAAUCACAAAAUAAGAUGCAAGCAUUGUAAAUGGCAAAACUGACGGACAUUUUGUGAUGUGUACAGUUUGUCAAAACAACAACGAAAAAA